AUGGAACGACCAGUCUCACCGGUAGAACUAUUCUCGCCCCCCGCCCUGGGAAGCACAGCCGACGCAAGCGACGUUGAACCCGGAGGGGACCUCGUCGAUCGUAACUCUCGGAAGGAUCAGCUCGCAGGUGGUGCUGUUCCUUGUAGGCAAGACGUGGUGUCAGAAGGCCACGGUUUUGAUCCGUUGGGUAUGGCGUGCUCAGCAACAGCGAAUGCAGUAAGGACUGCCCAAGUGACAUGGCACGCCGUCGGAACGAGUGGGCUGCACGGUCCUUCCGUCAAUUCCCCUCCAUUCCUGCACUGUCGCCAAAACCGAAGCGUGCUAUCGGGUUCGCCGGAAACACGUAACACACUGCUUUUUGGACUGCAACCUGUCACGUGUCCUUUGCUAUUUAUCGGCUCCGAUACUUCACAGCAGCGUGUACUUUGGCAGAGCUAUUUAGAUAAUGUUGCCCCUCUUGUGAGCAUCAUGCAUCGGCGAACACUUGAAGAGCUUCUGACGCAGGCGAGUAAGCGUACAGAGGUAAUCAAUAAACCGCGAAAGGCUAUUCUCCUCGCCGUUUACUUGUCUGCAAUCACGAGUAUGACACCCGCUCAAUGUUUAGACAAGCUCGGCGAACGCCAAGAGGAGGCGAUCCACAGAUAUCGUCUCGCUGUCGAGAACGCUCUCACCCAGGCUGAUUUCAUCAACUCGCAUAGUCUGGAAUUGUUGCAAUCUGCGGUUCUGUACCUCAUUUGCGUUCGCCGGCUUGAUCAGGGGAGUUUUGCAUGGACGAUGUUAGCGAUCGUUUUGCGUCUUGCACAACGGCUGGAGCUUGAUCGUGAAAGCACUUUGUCCGCCAAGACUCCAAUCACUACAGAGAUGUCUCGGCGGCUUUGGUGGCAUAUCGUAGUGCUGGAUGUCCAAUGCGCAGAAGAUCAUCGCACGGAGCCCAUGGUUCAGGAUGGGCAGUACGACACUCGGUUCCCGCUAAACAUCAAUGAUAAUGACCUAGUCCCUGGCGCCACGGAGUUUCCACGGGAACGCUUUGGUUUUACAGAUAUGACUUUUUCAUUGAUCCGAUUCCAGAUCGCAGCAGCUUACCUCGUCCUAAAGCGUUCCUCGACCACACAUCAUAAUGCCUCCAUGGAGGAUAUGGUCACGCACCGCCAGCAGCUUGUCACUGAUCUUGAGCAGCGGUUAUAUGAGAAGUAUCUGAAAUCCUGCAAUCCUGCCAUCGCCAUGCAUUCGUUCUGCUGCGCCGUUUCUCAACUGGUGCUUUCAAAACUACGGCUCUACGUUUACAACGGAGUUUCACCGGGGGAAACGCCUACUACAGAGUCUAUGGCGAAAAUCCACGAAUUUCUGUUCGCAACUUCCGUCGAUAUCAUCGAGCUCUCGGUCUUCCUGGAGACCAGUCAAAGAGAUACUGGCAAUUGGAGUUGGGUAUUCAAAAAUAACAAUCAAUGGAAUGCAGUAGCUUUCGCCCUUGCGGAGCUCUGUGUCCGCGUAUCGGGCCCUGAUGUGGACCGUGCUUGGUUGGCGAUUACGUCUGCUUACAACUUGUGGAAUUGGCGAGAUGCUAAAGGGACGUGGCCAGCCAUACCCCGCCUCACUGAUCGAGCUCUCCAAGCAAGAAGGAAUCUGUUGGGUCUUGCCCGCAAUGAUGGAUCAGCCUUUACUCGAGACUAUUGUCGACCGUGGCCAGAAGACCUGCGGCCGCCGCCGCCAAAACGGUCCCAGGGGGCUUAUCAUCCAAAGCCUUCGUCCACUCUUAACCAUUCCUACAACAUGUCGAAUGCUCCUAGUUCGCUCGUGAACAUUACGGAAUCAGAUUUGAGCGCGGACAGCCGCUUUGGCGAUUUACUGGAGGAUGACAUUUUCUCAAACUUCAACAUACCACCUAACACCAUUUUGGGUCUCUUUUGA